AUGACUGGUUCUGAGUUGGAAUCGGUUGAGGUUUUCCUAGCCGGACCGGCCAGUUUACCGACCGGUUUAAUGCGUGGUUCACCCGCUUUGGCUAUGAAACUAUUAAUACUAGUUUUUAUGGUGUAUUCUUGCUCAACAUCAUCACUUGAUGGAUCAUUAGCCGAAAAUAUUUUUUUAUCAAAUGAUCCGUACAAUGACCGUUAUAUACAAACAAUUGUUCGUAUGGAUAGAAAACAAUUGAAAAGUAUACGUAUUAUGGACGAAAAUGAAUUUAUCACUUAUCUUAAUAGUGGAAAUGAUACACUGAAUGGCUUGACGGUUCGCUCAGAUUCGAGAAUAUCAUCAGUAUUUGAUAACACAAAAUUAGAUGAUCAGUUGAUUGGACAACCUGAAAUUGAUGAACAAUGGGAAGAUUUAGUUGUUGCUGGACCGGUUGCUGUUAAUUAUGUUGGUCAUCUAAUGGUUUUAGCUAGUAAACGUGACUUUCCAUUCGAACCAAACAAUUCAAAUUAUAGUUAUCAGUAUAUUCGAUAUCCACAAUCAUUUCGUGCUACGCUAGUGCAAUUAUCAAGCGAAAUGUAUAAUACUUUUUUAAAUGCACAUAACAGUAUGGAUCGUAUACAGUUAAAUAUGGAACAGAUACCACGACAUGUAAAUACAACAGUGAAACUAUUACUCAUGGCUCCACUACCAUUAAUUCAAACAUUGUUACCAUUAUCAAUUGAAAAUAUUCAACGUAUUACUAUUGAUUGUACAAAAUUAGCUAACUCAACAUUAGAUAAAUUUUUAUAUUUAAAUAAGUUGUUACAAGAAAUUUUGGCUAUAAGUAUUGUUACGCUUGGUGCAAAUGAAAAUACAUUAGUUGAAGUACAAACAGUGUAUAAUAAUUCAAUUAAAGAACAUGUAGAAAUUAAUUCAAAAGUGGAAGAAAUUAAAAGCCGAUAUGAAGAUGCUAAAUUACAACUAAAAGCAGCGCAAGAAGAAUAUUUACGAGCCUAUCAUGCUAUACCAACAAGAAUUCUGGACGCGACAACCAGAUUUCUAGGUGGAAUUGUAAAUGAUUUGUUUAGUGUAAUAACACAACCUCUAGUGCAAGCUUUAGGAUGUAUAUUCGGUGUUUGUGAAAACGACAAUCGAGCUACGCUUGAUAAUACAGCAUUUGAAAACGCUAAACAAAAAGCUGAAUUAGCUAAAGCUGCUUUAGAAAGUGCAGAAAAGCUUUAUGAUGACCAUCAUCAGCAAUUACAACGAGAACAAAAUAAAUUAGUUCAAAUUAUUGAUCGUAUGUCAAAAUUAAAUUUUGAUAAAUUAAAUACACAAGAAUUAAUUAGUAUAUUGGCUGAUGCUACAAAACAAAUUAUACAAAUUGCUGAACAAUGGGAUAAAUUAUUAAGAUUUUUUACAAAACUAUCAGCACAAGCCGAUCAAACACAAAACGUGAUUCUGAAUGAAUUUGUUAAACAAAUACAAUCUGUACAAGAACAAAAUUUAUUAGUAGAUGAUGCUAUGCGAGAAUUUUUUGUAUCAACACUAAUGAUACCAGCAAGCUUAAUUGACCGUGAAUCACAUCUAUUAUAUAUCAUGGCCAAAACUUAUUAUGAUAUAUCAAAUUCAUAUAUGAUGAAUCAAUUAGCUGGUUUAUCAAAAUUUUUAAUUAUACAAACAGAUAAUGAACGUAAAUAUUUAUUAGAAGAAAUAGCUAGUAAAACAACAGCAACAUCAGCUAAAAUAUCACGUUUAGCUAUGGAACGUCAUGGACAAUAUCAACGUCGAAACAAAGCAAGACAAGCUGAAUAUCAACGAUUCAUUGACCAACAAACAAUAACACUUGAGUUCAGAUCAGUUAUAGGAGAUUGA